AAUUGUUAGUUGUUCAGUGCCAGUCCGUCAGGCGACUACAAUGACCACUCCACUAGACGACGCCGCCAACGUGACAGCAUUUAUCGAUUUUGGAUAUACACUUUAGAGAGCUUGGUUCCAAGGAAAAGUUCCAGCUCGGAACCUCGCUGGGCACCCACACAGUAAGGCCUCUACAUGAGUAUGUUGGGGUUUGUCUAUCUGGUUCUCAUCUUGGGCUGGAUACUGAUCGUGCUGUUUCUCAAGUGCAAAAAGUCCUUGGCCGCUCCGUUUCGCUUUGGCGAGAACUACACAGAUGCCAUAGCCGAUACGGAACGUCGUCCUUCGGUGCAUGUGAUACAGCUGCAGAAUGAGGAUGUGGAGAGCGAAGACCACUAUUUGGAUAGCUUUCAUAGGAACACAGAAAACCUGCAGCGUUACUCGCAUCGCUCGCAACGCUCCACCCUGGAAGAGCGCACUGUUGAACGUGCCUAUCCCACAGAUGCCGUCAUUAAUCCGGCCUACAUGCACGAUGAGGAUUAUGUGAUCAAUGCGCCGCCACCGACGUACGAGGAGGUAAUGCGCCAACCACAGGUUUACCCACAGGUUCGCCACAAUAAUCACAAGAUAAGCGAUGCUAAUAUUUAGACAACAGGGAUACUUA